AUGAUGCCGUGCGCGCGACUCAAAAAAGGGGGAACGGAUGGUCUCGAGACGGACCUCCGUGUCACACGCGGCACGCCUCUUGUGCUUGUCACAGACCCCUCUGUCUGCCCCCGAUCAUCGGCACUAACGCGAGCGGUUAAUGGUCGCAUUGUUCUCCGUAAGCCUAAAUGUGGCAUGGCGUAUAUCGUGGCGAACACCCGCUCCCCCGACCGGUUCUUGUUCAAGAUCAUGAUCCGAUCUUGUUUCAAGAGUGAAGCCCCCGUGGAGGAUCUAACAUUCCAAGAUGGCAACGGCACCGGGGUACUGGGGAACUGGGGAACCUGGGCGCCAAUGAUUGUGAAUUGA